CCGUAGACAAAAACAGAAAUAUAUUUUGGUCUCAUUUGCCGCCAAACCAACCUCUAAGUAGCGCGAAAUAAUUAUUUUUCCGUUAAAUUUAUUAAUAUAUAUCCUAAACUCGUUUGAUUUAAAUUACCGUCUCACUUCAAAUUGUUGGUCUCAUCUUUUUGUGAAUAUUCAGCAAACUUUAACGCCGUUCAUACUCAAACCUUAGCUUUCUAAAAAUUUAAUAAUGGCCAAGGUACAACUCGCUAAUGUAGCCGUUUUGGAUAAUCCUUCGCCUUUCCUGAAUCCUUUUCAAUUUGAAGUUACUUUUGAAUGCAUCGAAGAACUUAAAGAAGAUUUGGAAUGGAAAAUGAUCUACGUCGGUAGUGCGGAGUCGGAAGAAUUUGAUCAAGUUCUCGACACGAUCUACGUGGGACCCAUUCCUGAAGGAAGACACAUGUUUGUCUUUCAGGCGGACCCACCAGAUGUCAGUCGAAUUCCUGUAAAUGAUGCCUUAGGAGUGACCGUGGUUCUUUUAACAUGUUCAUACCGGGGUCAUGAAUUUGUUCGCGUUGGUUACUUUAUCAACAAUGAAUACACAGACACAGAACUGCGUGAAAAUCCUCCCACCCAACCCCUAUUUGAGAAAGUUCAGAGAAAUAUACUUGGUAAUAAACCACGAGUGACCCGGUUCAAAAUAAAUUGGGACGAUGGAGUGAAUUCAACUGGUGCCAAUGUCUCCGAUAGUAUGGCAGAACAAACAAUGGAACAAACUACGCAAGAUACCCCAUCGUCUACCUUAGGUUUCACAGAAAAUACACAAAACAGUAUGGAAGUGAUGUGAAAUUGAUGCUCUAGAGACAGAACAUUUAGGUGUUUAUCAUUUAUCUUUACCAAGCUCUUGAUCUUCUAUUGUACAUUAGUUUCAGCUGCCUUUGAAUUUCGCGCAACUUUUGUAUUGUUUUAUUCCAGAAGUACUAUACUUUAACAAACAUUGAUAGAUCUAUUACAGAAAGUUAUACAAAAAAAAUAUAUUUGAACAGUACAAGUGUUACUAAUAAAUUGUUAGCCGUAAAUAUUGAAUGCAAUGGACAGUUGUUAAGCGCGAUUGCAAUAGCACGUACACAAUUGAAUUACUGUAUGAAGCAAAAUUUUCUUAUAAUUGAUAACCGACAAAGUAUUGAAACUUUCCUUUCUUUGUAAUGAAGAAAAAUGGUUUGUUGGUUGGGGUACAGAUUACGGUUACCUUAACUUACAGAAGCAAUGAUUACCGUAUUGUUCUGAAUAUAAUCGAGGUUUUUAUCGUUAACAGUAUUCGCCAAAAUCGUCCUCGUCUUAUAUGUGGACUCGUCUUAUGUAA